CUCGCCAUUCCGCCAAUGAGGUCACGCUGGCACUGUGCUCCUCCUCCUGCCCUUUACUUAGAAGUCAUCGGAAAACGUCACCCGAUAUUUACCUAGAAAUAUGGCCGGUGCACCAUGGCCAGUAGUGUUCUUGAUUUUGAUGGGUAUAUGCAGGGUGGUACCGUUCACUGUUUCCAGUGUGGAUAAAGGAGUGUCUGAGGUCAGUCAGCUUGAUACUGAUAACAACACCAUAGUGACGAGCAUUGAUGAAGAGCGCAACACAACGCAGCAGAUGUCAAGAGGCAAGGAGCAGGUAAACGCCACGAAGUUCGACGCAGCAAAGAGCAACGAUGAAGGCAGUAUUCCACAGAACAAGUCUAGUGAUGAGGGAGAGGAGAAAAGUUUUAAUGACGAGGAAAAGAGGAACAAGUUUAAAGACGAGAAAGAGGAAAGCAGCUCAAAUAAGGACAUAACAGAAAGCAAAGCAAAAGACAGCACAUCGAAGAGUGAUGAGGAAAUGAGAGACACUUUCAGUGACGGCACAGCAGAGAGUAAAAAGAAAGACAGCACACAGCAGAGCAACGCUAGGAUGGGGAAAAAAGAUAUAGCAGAGGGGGGAAAAGAAGGAAGCAACUUGAAGAACAAAUCUAGUGAUGAGGAAGAGAAAAGUGUCUCUAAAAAGGAUGAUGUAGAAAACGAAAAGAAACACAAAAAAAUGAAGAACAACUCUGAUGACGAGAAAGAGGAAGGCUCUCGCCAGCAUGAAGCAACGGAGCGAAGUAAGGUACAUGAAAUAUCAUCAGCAAAACUUCCUGCCUUGGAAGACGAGGCACAGGCACGCUCUGCCUACAACUUAACAAACUCAACGAAACCAACAACACUGGCAGACACUGCAGCCAACGUACCAUCGAACCCUUCCAAACAACCCACAGAAACCGCAGCCGAUGAGCCAGCGAGCCCUCCCAAACCAAUGACACCGACUGAUACAGCAGCCGAUGAGCCAGCGAGCCCUCCCAAACCAAUGACACCGACUGAUACAGCAGCCGACACACCGACAACUACUCUCCUGCCGAUUAUAGGAGCUAGAAUGCUCAUUCCCCCAAAGAGCACGUACAUAAAGACCAAAGAUAACGACGUGGCGACAGAUAAAACCACUAACGAUAUACCGACAAGUACCACACCCGCAAAACACGACUCGCUAAACAAACCGACAACCAUUGCCGGUGGCGCCAAGGAAGCUGUGUCGCCGGACUCAUCCUCUCCAAGGGUCUUCGGCAGGUUCGGACGGGUGAAUUCAAUUGAUGAGUCAGAAACAACGACAGAGAAUGAUGAAGAUGUGUGCAAGGUACCCGUAACAGAAAAACAUGAAAGGAAUCUAAAUCUUGAGUGUGGCUCGAAUGAAAAAAAAUGUAAAAAACAAAUGAUUCCUGAGGGCUGUUGUGGAAGUAUCGCUACUAAGUGUUGCCUAGAGACUGACAGAACAGUCCACGAGGCGUACAAGACGACACUCGCAUCCUUGGAAUAUCGAAUAUAUGCACUCGAAGAGCAAACAAAAUCUAUAUACGAUAGGUUGUUUGCAGUAGACUGCUCUGAUUUGAUUAAUAUAAAAGAUGAGUUUGAGCCACAGACAUUAUACUUGGAGCGGGGGAAGAGGCCGGUCCGAGUGCUGUGCAACAUGGAGACAGAAGGCGGCGGCUGGACAGUGGUGCAGAGACGUGAGCCUCACCCAACACCUGUUGACUUUCAGCGUAGUUGGCACGACUACAGGGUAGGCUUUGGCACACCGGAAACAGAAUACUGGGUUGGGCUGCAGAAUUUACACGCUUGGACUAACACCAGACAGUACGAGUUGCGGAUUGAGAUUACAGAUUAUAAUGGCAAUUCCGCUUAUGCCCACUACAGGCGUUUCUACGUCGAAGGUGAGGAUCAAGAUUUCCGCCUGCACGUCUCAGGCUACCGUGGUACAGCAGGGGACGCCUUGACGAACAGAAACACGGCUGACAGCUUCACGGCCGACGGCAUGAAGUUCAGUACCUACGACAGAGAUAACGACUUAGCGGAUGACACGAACUGUGCUCUGCUGUGGAAGAGCGGUGGCUGGUGGUACAACUGUUGCUCGUGGUCCAACCUGAACGGCCCACACUGGAAGCAAGCGGAAGGCAGUAGCAUUGGCAUCAACUGGCACACCUGGCGCAACAGGGAGUACCUGCGCACCUCCACCAUGAUGAUCAGGCCCUCAACGUCUCCUUAAACACUGAACAGUGUCGCCCUAAGUCUAAAUCAUAAUUCCAGUACAAGUGAUCAGCAACAGAAAACAUCAUACAUCCAGUACUGAAAGUGCCUGCCGCUGUACAGGACUGCAUCAAAAGAACCUCUAGCACCUGUGAAAAGAAGAAAAAAAAGAAAAGAAAAGAAAAGAAAAAGAAAAAAAACACGCAACGUACAUUAAAGAAAAAAUGCGAUGUGUGAUUUUUCUUUAAUUACUAUCACUUACUUCUUGAGCAUCGUUUGAAACACAGUUACCUCGGGUGGUUUGGUGGCGCAUUGCAUCGAGUCUGCAACAUUGCCGGGGAUCGCAUCCCAAAUUCCCAGAAUCUUAUCUCGAUUGCUUUCCGACAGUCUCUCAUGGAAGUUAUAAGAAAUUUCAAGAGCGUUUUCGUAAUUCCAGUGGUAGUUUAACCAAAAUUCUGCACCGUUAAUGAAAAAAAAAAAAUAAAUAAUAACACCCAUAAGUACCUAACAAAUGAAAUCUAUGAAUUUUGAAAUUAAUCCUGAUGAGAAGCCAAAGCUUUUCUGUGCCUGGCUGAAUAGUGAAUACCAGUACUCUUUGGUCACACUAAGCCGUCCCCCCCACCCUUCCGGUGGGGUUAUUAUAUAUUAGUUAAAAAUAACGGUAGUAAGAGAACAGAAGGGAACGCUUGUAAUUAUCAAACAUGAUGAACACAAGAAAUUCAAUAAUGCAGUGAAAUUGUAUGUCUGAACAGACAAAUCUUUGGACGUGCAUGCAUGAAUCUCUCUCUCUCUCUCUCUCUCUCUCUCUCUCUCUCCUUGAAUACUUGUCAGCAAUAUCGAAGGUGUUCAGUCUUGCACCUUUUCACGUACGCACGCUAGUUGUGCUGCUAAAAUUCUAAAAUUGUGGAAAUUUACGCCAUAAAAGAAGUCACAAUAUUUAUCUGUUGUUCUCUAUAUCCUCGACAUUCGCGAACACUCACUGCCAUCAUGCCUCGUCACCUCAGGACAAAAAUUUCUCAUCCCCAUUAGGCAAAUAAUUACUCUGAAAUAUUUCUGCGCUGCACUUCCGCUAUCUUUCCAAAUGUUUCAACUGGUUUUUAAGUAUUUAUACAAUUGUAGCCUCAGAUUAACAAUAUGUCUACAUUACUAAGAAAAGAAACAAACUUGAAAACAGCACGCCGUCUCUUCGCACACGACAGCAGUGGUUCGGUUGUUUAUCAUAUUGUCUCUUUGGUGUUAAUACACUCAUUCUAUUUUGUAUUGUUUUCCUUUCCAAAAGGUCUAGUCCAAUUAUUCCUGGCUUAACAUCAUAUAUUUUGAGGGCGAGAGAUCGUGGCCUCCCGUUUUCCCUCACAUAAUGUUAAUGUAACUCAAGAUGUCGGUGCUGCUGAAGGAAAAUUAGUGAGGUAAAACAAAUAAAUAAAGAAAGGAGGAGAAACAAGGAAAGAAGGACCCAGUACACAAGAGCAACUAUGGCCGUUGAAAAAAAAAAAAAAAAAAAAAAAAGAAAACAGGCUUUAUAUUACCAGAUAUGAUGGAUGAUUAGGAACAAAUAUUCAAGAAACGUUAUUUGAAUGAGAGAGAGAGAGAGAGAGAGAGAGAGAGAGAGAGAGAGAGAGAGAGAGAGAGAGUGUGUGUAACAAACUUUACAUUAUCUUCAUCACACGAAGCAGACGUCAACAGUACACGGAGGACAUAUUGCUAAAGAUUAUGCAAGACUAAUGUUUCUUUUUCAUUCUACUUCUCUAUGCUUUACCUUGCUUCAUAUUGUUUAAAUGGUUUAGGCAAACGAAUAUCAGUGGUUUUCAUUGACAUCAUCAUUAUUGCUUACUAGUGAACACAGUUAGGCGAAGGAAAAGCAUUGUGGUAAAUAAUAAAUAGAUUAUAAAAGAUUUAUUUCAACUUUG